AUGGAGUCAGAGCGUUAUCACAAACGGCAGUGGCUAUGGUUUGAAGCGGAGAUCAAAUUUACUCCGUAUAAAUUUCUUCUCUUUUUUUUCUUCGUUCACCAUUCAAUUCUGUUGCUGUUUGAAGAAUCGUUGUCGCAGCUCACGCACAGGGAGCUUCUAGCUCUCUCUAUCCGCUGUGGGGAAAGUCCCCGGAGAUACAGGGCGUGUCCUCGUCCAACACAACGGAAAGCGACCGGCUCUAAGCACGACGGUUACUGGUCGAGGACGGCGAGAAUGAUUUGCAAGGCCAAAGUCUUAUCGGGUGCCCUGCUCCAUCUCAGCCACUCUGUUGCUUGA